AUGGUGGGAGGUGAACAAAACUUACCUUCGAAAGAUAGUUUAACAAAUGAUUCAGCAAACGACUCGGAUGAAUUUGAAGACUCUAAGGAUUUCGCAGAGUUUCCUGCAAGGACUGACGAUGACUCUCAUUUCAUCCAACAAUUCUCAACCGCAGGUCAGCCAUCUGCUAAAAGCUAUCUCCAACAAGGGGAUUAUAUUACGGACUACCCAAAGAACUCUGAGCCCUAUUAUCCGUAUCCGGAAGAGUACUAUGAAAAAUCAGAAUCCCAACAAAUGGAAGAGCUCUUUUAUCAAACCGAUGAUGGGCUGGUGUUUUCAUCCACAAAGCCAGAAAGAAGCGCCCAAAAUUAUGACAAUAGCUACCAGGAUAUUCCAGAGUACGCCCGUGAGCCAACAGGUUAUACUCCUGAGAUCUUAAGCGAUUAUGCCGGACUCAUGGAGAACCCGGGUAUGUAUCCCAGAGUAAUUCCUGGUGAAAAGGGGGAUGAAGAGUUAUAUUCGGCAAGAUUUUCAUAUCUAGAUGCGAAAAAUCCAUAUCCUGCUUGGAUCUCAGAAAACAUGAUUCCUCUAAGCAAAGAAGAGAUUCUUACAAUAUUUGAAGAGCUGCAAGAAAACUUCGGUUUUCAAAAGAGCUCUAUGUUAAAUAUGUACGAUUUCUUUAUGGUUUUGCUUGACUCAAGAGCUUCUCGAAUGGAUGGAACGAACGCAGUGCGAUCGCUGCACGCAGACUAUAUCGGUGGUAGGAAUGCCAAUUAUAAAAAAUGGUACUUCUCCUCAAAUAUGGAUGUCGAUGACUCUGUUGGCUUCCAGAAUUGCAAGUUCACGAAGGCUGGUCCAAAAUUGGUGCGCGACAAGUCUAACAAAAAGAAGAAAUCGAAAAAAGAAGAGUCCGACUCCGAGGAACAAGUAAGGAUUGAUCCCAUGGAUUAUUCAAUGGAAAAAUGGGAUACUGCUAUGAGAAGCCUGAUUCCUGAAGUCCAAAUUCGUCAGGUCGCCCUUUUUCUGUUAUGUUGGGGAGAAGCCAACAAUAUCCGUUUUUGCCCAGAAUGCUUGUGUUUUCUAUUUAAAAUGGCCCUGGAUUACAUGCAAUCCGAUGAAUAUCGCGUAGAAAAACCUCCAGUCCAUGAAUACUACUACCUGGAAAACGUGGUGACACCUCUCUAUAAUUUCAUCAGAAACCAACAAUUCGAAGAAUUUGAAGGAAAAUUAGUUCGUAGGGAACGUGACCAUGCAGAAACUAUCGGCUAUGAUGACGUUAAUCAACUAUUUUGGUACCCUCAAGGUAUUAAUAGAAUUGUGCUGAUGGAUGGUACUCCCCUCUUCUCACUACCAAAAUGGCAGAGGUUUCAUAAACUCAACGAGGCGAACUGGGACAAGGCGUUUCAAAAAACUUUCUACGAAAGCCGUUCUUGGUCUCAUUCUUUGACAAAUUUCAACAGGAUAUGGGUCAUUCAUUUUACUACUUAUUGGUACUAUACGGCCUUUAACUCUCCUACUCUCAUCGAGAAAAACUUUCGUCAAUCCAUUGGACCACGGCCAAUUCAAUCAUGUCAAUGGUCUUCUGUAGCUCUUGGAGGAGCUGUUGCUACUCUUUUGAUGAUUUUUGCUACUAUUUUUGAAUGGGCUCACGUUCCUCGAAGGUUUCCCGGAUCAAGGCCACUCCUGCAACGUUUCUUUCUUCUCUGUCUUGUUUUAGUGCUGAAUAUUGCUCCUGCUGUAUUUAUUUUCGGUUUCUCCAAUGAAGAACAGCAACGUUCAGUAGGUAGAUUGACAGUAGCUAUCGCCCAUUUUAUUUUUUCCCUUCUAUGCUUUAUUUAUUUUACAAUUGUCCCGCUAAAUAGCUUAUUCAGAUUCAAAACAAACCAGUUUUCGAGAAGAUUUCUCGCAAAUCGAUACUUUACCUCAGAUUUUGCUCGUCUACAAAUCAACGAUAUGUGUGUUUCAUGGGGUUUAUGGGCUCUUGUUUUUGCAGCUAAGUUUGCGGAAUCUUAUUUUUUCCUGACUUUGUCUUUCCGUGAUCCCAUUCUUGUUUUGAGUACCAUGAAACCAUACUUUUGCGAGAUUAAGUGGGCAGGAUCUUACUUAUGUGUGUUACAACCUAGGAUCGUUUUAAGUAUUAUGUAUGUCACGGACUUGGUCCUUUUCUUCCUUGAUACGUACCUUUGGUAUAUUGUAGUGAAUACUGUUUUCUCAGUCACCCGGUCUUUUUUCUUGGGUAUCUCAAUUUGGACCCCAUGGAGAAAUAUCUUUGCUCGCAUGCCGAAAAGAAUAUACAGUAAAAUUCUUUCUACCCCGGAGGGAGAUUCCGUGUACAAGCCGAAAGUACUAAUAUCCCAAAUAUGGAAUUCAGUCAUCAUAUCUUUGUACCGUGAACAUCUUCUGGCGGUCGAGCAUGUUCAGAGGCUCAUUUAUCAUCAAGUCAGUUCUCUCGACGGUGAUGGAACCAAAACUCUAAAGACACCUACAUUCUUUGUCUCCCAGGAGGAUUCUUCUUUCAAGACGGAAUAUUUCCCGGCACAUUCGGAAGCGGAACGAAGGCUUUCUUUCUUUGCUCAAUCACUUGCUACUCCAAUUCCCGAACCUAUACCUGUGGAUACUAUGCCCACUUUCACGGUUCUGGUUCCUCACUACGGAGAGAAGAUCCUUCUUUCUCUCAAAGAAAUUAUAAGAGAACAAGACAAGCUUUCGAGAGUCACUUUGCUUGAGUAUUUAAAACAGCUACAUGCUCACGAAUGGAAGUGCUUCGUCCGUGAUACGAAAAUUCUUGCUGAAGAGGAUGCUUUAACUCAGCAAGAUUUCGGGGAGGAAGAUACAAAUGGGAAAUCGAAUAUAUUGAAAGGAAAAUUUGAUGACUUACCUUUCUAUUGCGUUGGAUUCAAAAACGCUACUCCUGAGUAUACUCUUCGAACUAGGAUCUGGGCCUCCUUGAGAAGCCAAACUUUAUACAGAACAGUCAGUGGAUUUAUGAAUUAUUCUCGUGCGAUAAAGCUCCUCUACAGGGUCGAAAAUCCUGAUGUCUCUCAACUUUUCGCUGGACAAAUGGAGGUUUUGGAAUAUGAAUUAGAUCGAAUGGCAUCCCGCAAAUUCAAAAUGUGCGUCUCUAUGCAAAGGUAUGCAAAGUUUACAUCUGAAGAGGUGGAAAACACGGAGUUCAUUCUCAGAGCUUAUCCUGAUUUACUAAUUGCAUAUCUGGAUGAGGAUCCUUUGGAGGAGGGCGAAACUUCCCCUAAACUAUAUGCAGCACUUAUCGAUGGCUAUUCAGAACUUAAUGAAAAUGGAAAAAGAAUUCCAAAAUAUAGAAUAAGGAUGUCAGGAAACCCCAUUUUAGGUGAUGGAAAGUCUGAUAACCAAAAUAUGGCCCUACCUUUCUACCGAGGAGAAUACAUACAGCUUAUUGAUGCGAACCAAGACAAUUACUUAGAGGAAUGCUUGAAGGUUCGAAGCAUUUUGGCAGAAUUUGAAGCCUUCAACUCACCUAAUAGCGAUCCAUACGAAGAGACCCAAGAGCCCUAUCAAAACAACCCCGUGGCUAUCAUGGGCGCCAGAGAGUAUAUAUUUUCUGAAAAUAUUGGUAUUUUAGGUGAUGUUGCAGCUGGUAAAGAACAGACAUUUGGUACUUUAUUUGCUCGUACAAUGGCUCAAAUUGGUGGUAAAUUGCAUUAUGGUCAUCCCGACUUUUUAAAUUCCAUUUAUAUGACAACCCGUGGAGGUGUUUCAAAAGCGCAAAAAAGUCUUCACGUUAAUGAGGAUAUUUAUGCAGGAAUGACAGCUUUACAACGUGGUGGUCGCAUAAAGCAUUGUGAAUACUAUCAAUGUGGUAAAGGUCGUGAUUUGGGAUUUGGAUCUAUUUUGAAUUUUACUACAAAGAUCGGAACAGGCAUGGGUGAACAGAUGAUUUCACGGGAGUAUUAUUACUUGGGCACUCAGCUUCCUUUUGAUCGUUUCCUUUCAUUUUACUAUGCUCAUGCGGGUUUUCACAUCAACAAUAUUUUCAUUAUGCUUUCUGUACAAUUGUUUAUGGUUGUCUUAGUUAACCUAGGCGGAAUGUAUCAUGUUGUCACUGUUUGCGAUUACGACCACAAUCAAAAGUUAACUGUCAAGAUGAGGCCAGAGGGAUGCUAUCAACUGAAUCCUGUUAUGAAUUGGCUAAAGCGGUGUAUUAUCUCUAUUUUUAUCGUUUUCUUUAUUUCGUUUGUUCCGUUGACUGUCCAAGAGUUAACGGAAAGAGGUGCAUGGAGAGCGUUAACAAGAUUAGGAAAACAUUUUGCAAGUUUUUCGCCAUUAUUUGAAGUAUUUACUUGUCAAACAUAUGCGUACUCUGUGAUAGCGAAUAUAUCGUUUGGAGGUGCUCGGUAUAUUGGUACUGGAAGAGGGUUUGCUACGGCAAGACAAUCUUUUUCGUUAUUAUUUUCAAGAUUUGCAGCUCCUUCCAUUUAUUUGGGAUCACGUACAUUGCUUAUGCUUCUAUUUGGAACAUUGAGUGCGUGGAUACCUCAUAUGGUGUACUUUUGGAUAUCGACUGUUGCUAUGUGUGUAAGUCCGUUUAUGUUCAACCCUCACCAGUUUGCAUGGAAUGAUUUCUUUGUGGAUUAUCGCGAGUUUGUGAGAUGGAUGUCACGAGGUAACUCUCGUUCUCACAUGAAUUCUUGGAUUGGCUAUUGCCGGUUGACGAGGACUCGUAUCACAGGUUACAAGAGAAGGAUUAUGGGAGUGCCUGUCAGCAAGGCAUUCUUGGAUACGCCGAGAGCGCGUGUUGGUAAUUUAUUUUUUAGCGAACUCUUCAUUCCAUUUCUUCUUGUACUGGGAACGACCAUACCUUAUUUGUUUAUAAAUUCACAGCCGGGAAAUCCAGAUCCAGACAAAGCGACGAAUCCGAUAUUGCGGUUUGUUAUUCUAGCAUUUUUGCCGAUAGUGGUAGCAGCAGGAUUAUCGCUCUGUUUUGCGGGAAUGGCAUGCUUGAUGGGACCUUUGCUGGGAUUGUGCUGUAAGAAAUUUGGAGCAGUGUUGGCGGCAAUUGCGCAUGCGGUUACGAUUUUGAUGUUUGUAAUUGUUUUUGAAGUAUCUUGGUAUUUGGAAGCAUGGAGCUUACCGAAGGCGGUACUUUGUAUGCUGUGUAUAAUAUCGUUACAGAGAUUCUUUUUUAAUUUUCUGCAGAUUAUGUUCCUUACACGAGAGCUGAAACACGACGGAGCUAAUUUGGCAUGGUGGACCGGGAAAUGGUAUUCGAGAGGGUUAGGCUUUCACGCAUUGUCUCAGCCGUCUCGAGAAUUUGUGUGCAAGCUUGUUGAGUUGAACAUGUUUGCGGCAGAUUUCUUCUUGGGACAUUUGAUAUUAUAUUUGAUGUUACCGAUUCUGCUGAUACCGUUUAUUGACAAAUGGCAUUCUAUGAUGUUAUUUUGGUUGCGUCCUAGCAAGUUGAUCCGCCCGCCAAUAUAUUCGAUGAGACAGAAGCGAUUACGAAAGCGAAUUGUUCGAAGAUAUGCAUUUUUAUUUUUUUCUAUGUUAAUUGUAUUUCUUGCAUUAAUUAUUGUUCCUUUGACUAUUGGAAAAGGGUUGUUGAACGAUUUUGAUUUGGAUAUCUUGAACGACUUUGGACUAAUGCAACCAGUGGACCGAAACUGGACCGAAAAUGGCACAAAUCUAACGAGUGUUGACGAAUAG